UGCAUAUCGGAAUGGAAUCCGCAGGCGCCAUCUCCAGCACUAGCUCCGGGCAGACGGUUAUUUUCUGCAUGCCAAAAGCGCUCUCCACGGAUUUCAUCCCACUUUGGGGGUCUGCCAAGCCUGCCCUGAAUCUAAUCGCACGAUUCAUCGAGCGCAUUGCCAUUAUAACCAUGGCCAGCCAUCCAUAUCCGAGCAGAAUCAUCACCAACAAGAUGCCCGUGUGCGGCGAGUGCAUGCAACGCCCUCGCUUGCACAAGUCACGAACUCCGUGUUCCUCUCCAUUCUGUUAUUUACCUCGGAGGUGGCAAUGAGCUACGAAAUUCUGCUAGAGCUGUUGAUGGCACAUGCUAAUGGAAAUCCCUGUGUCUUGGGAAAGGCAGAGACCAGACAAAGCAUUAAAUCCGGGCUGCAGAAGUUGUGUUGGCUGUCAUUGCGACUUGACCUAACACAGUAGCCGAGUACCAGUCCAUACAGUGAUAAUUAAAUGGCAUCCUUUGGCAUUGGCUUCCACAGUGAUUCGCCACAGCUCUCUCUUGUAAUUCAUACGUUGUGUGAUUCAAGAUGACUCCUAUGCUGAGCUCCCUUCUGGCUUAUGCCUUCCUCCUCUUUAUCCCGCUUAAUGAAGCAAUUGUGUUGUCAAGUAACGGCACGUCACUGGAAUCUAGACAGGACGUAUCUAUCCCUUGUAAAGCAUACUGUGACACAAUUUUUUGCGGGUCUCAGAAAUGCACUUUGCAAAGCCGUGGGUAAAUGUUCACAAGGCAGCUUCUCCUCGCUCAGAACAUAGAUUUGGCUUUGGUUCGCUAAACUCCACACUGAACACCAUUCAACAUGCACUACCAGAAUCCCAAUCAGACGCGGUAGAAAAGCGCAUUUUGAGGAUCAAACCAGCCGAUACGGGCCGCGUCACUCGAGUUCCCACAUAUCUAGCCCUCGACGUUUCAAACUACCUCGCAGAUAACCUCGGUGAAGGUCCCGGUGGAAGAUGGGAUACUCAGUAUAUAAGACAAGGGUUCUUUGCUGGUGACAUGAGGACAGUCACUCGGGAUGGCCAGUUUGGAGCAAUACCAUUUGAGUUUGGGACAAAUGGGCUGCAUGGCUGCACCAUGCUUACGAUAAUCUCGAAAAGAGCAGUUUGGAUGGCACAUUUUUGGGAGGCUUAUGCUUUCAAAGACAGUUAUGAUCCUAAGAAGCCUCUUAAAGAAAAGAACGGUCUCAUGGUGAGAAGCGACGGCGAUCCUGAGGACAUACCGAACUUGCAAUCAUGGCAAGAUAGAGCUAUUGCAGCAGUGACUGGCCAGCCUCUCUCAGCGCCGCUGCACCUGCCCACCGAGGGCAACCCCAUCGACCCUAAUCUCUUCAAUCGGAGGGAUGACAACACGGAAGCCAUUAUCAUGACACCGGCUGAAACAAUUACCACGGGUUCCAGAGGUGAAAAGAUGGCUGACUAUAGGUACCCCAACAAAAUUGGGGAGCUAGAAAUGGCACUGCGGCAAUUGAUACCCGGUAUUAAGAUUCAACGCCAACCUUACACACCUCUAAACUACUUUAAUCCAGUUGACAUGGCGAAGAGAGACAAAACUGAAGCUGGAAUGGCACUUUUUCAGUUUGAUCCAAAUGCGGAUGGUGCUGGUGCGCGUUACUUUCGACUCUUUCAUGAGGGCAAAGUUUGGCUUCGCGAGACGGCCUGACAGGCUGCGAAAGUCUUGGUACAUAGUGUACGCGUGUGAGAAACUUCACCGGGGUGUCUGUCUAUGAAAAUUGGAGAGUAGAAUCUGUACUGGGCAUAUAUGCAUUCGAUGUUAGGAGAAAAUGAUUCCCAUGCACGUCGUUGAGUGCUUUGUUCGUCUUCAACAAUACUAUUGGCUCGGCUUCGUAACCAAAUCAAUACACAGAACGCUACCUCCCAUGCACGUGAAGCUCACCUCGGC